CUGACCAAAGCUGUUCUAAUUUUCUAUAUACGCGGUUUCUUCACUAUGGGGGUGACCACCUAUACAGAUGAGUACACUUCCCCAAUCCCUCCAUGCAGGUUGUUCAAGGCAUUGGUCCUUGAGGCUGACAUCCUCGUUCCAAAGCUCAUGCCGGAGGCUCUUAAGAGCAUCGACACUAUCCAAGGUGACGGAAGAGCAGGAAGCAUCAAGCAGAUCAACUUCGCCGAAGGCAGCCAGAUCAUUUCUGUGCGAAAUCGGGUUGAUGAGGUGGAUGACGAGAACUAUGUGUAUAAUUACACUUUGAUUGAUGGAGAUAUUUCAGUAAUGGAGAAACUUGAGUUUAUUUCUUAUGAAGUUAAGUUUGAGGCUACACCAGAAGGUGGCAGUAAGAACAAGAUGGUGAGCAAGUACCACACCAAAGGUGACAUUGUGCUCAAUGAGGAAGACAUAAAGGCUGGCAGAGAAAAGGCCUUGGGGAUGUACAAAGUUGUGGAAGCCUACCUCCUCCAAAACCCAGAUAUCUAUACUUGAUAUCAACCACUUCAUUUAUAUAUUGUUAAAAAAAAAAAAAAAAAAAAAAUACACUUCAUUUCUAUAAAGAGGGCUCAAAAGAAAAUUUCUUCAACCCUGUCAUGUUUAUAGGUGCGGCCUUUGGUUUCACCGGCCUAUUGGACUUUGACAACAGGACUUUCAAUUUUCUUGAUAAUGCUUGCGACUUAUGCAGUCAUGCAUGAUUGAAACACUUUUGCUAUAAUAAAUCUGAAUUUUGAUCUUUCGGACCUA